AUGGCAGAUGACAGUGAGCAGCUACUAAAACUUACUGUUAAUACUAUUAGAGCUGCAUCUUCUCUCAGCGCUCAAGAUAUUGGUUUCUAUAGAAGUUUAGAUGAUGCUAUCUCAAAGUCGUUAGAUGAAACAUGUGAGGAAAUCCGUCUCCUAUUGAAUGAAGUGGUUUUAGCUAUAGACGAAAAUAAUGACGAAUUAGAACUUGGAGUAGAUAAGUUGGAGGAAGGUUGGAAUGAAAUGAGCAAUAUUAUGGAUAAAUUAUUUGAGAAGUCUGAUCAUUCAUUUGAUGCCAUAACUACCAAAGGAUCCCAGAAAAAUAGCAAUAGCACAUUCUCAAAUGAGAAUAUAUAUUCUACUACAAGCAAUUCAAAGCGUAUUCCUAAACCCCAGUUACACUUUAAAACACCAGUUGAUAAUACAGAGCAGCACCCUUUUAAGCCUUUAAUUAUAAGCAAACCCCAUGCUCUAAAACCUUUAGAAGAAGUUUCUACACUGAUGCCUGAAGAAGACGACAUUCCUAGUCACUACCCACAUCCAUAUGAAUAUGAAAUUGAUCAUCAACCCUAUAAUGAGAUGGUUUUAAGGUACGCAGUUCCAAUUGAACCUCGACCAUGGGAUGAAGCUGAUGCGGAAUUUGUAGAUACUGUUGAUGCAUUAAAAGUAAUGCUUCAUGAAUUAAAAGGUGUUCAGGAAAUAGCAUUAGAUCUAGAGCAUCAUGAUUACAGAUCUUAUUAUGGUAUUGUGUGUUUGAUGCAAAUAAGCACUAGAAAUAAGGACUGGUUAGUGGAUACUAUCGCUCUUCGCGAAGAGUUACAUGUCCUGAAUGAAGUUUUUACAGAUCCAAAUAUUUUAAAAGUUCUACAUGGUGCAUUUAUGGAUAUAAUUUGGCUGCAGCGUGACUUAGGACUCUAUAUUGUGAGCUUGUUUGAUACUUAUAAUGCAUCGAAGGCGUUAGGUUUUCCAAGACAUAGUUUGGCAUAUUUACUAGAAAGGUUUGCAAACUUUAAAACUUCCAAGAAAUAUCAACUUGCUGACUGGAGGAUAAGACCGCUAACGAAUCCUAUGGUAGAAUAUGCCCGUGCUGAUACACAUUUUUUACUCAAUAUUUACGAUCAGUUGAGAAAUUCAUUGAUAAAGGAAAAUAAACUUGCAGAAGUAUUAAAUGAAUCCAGAAAUGUUUCGAAGAGAAGGUUCGAAUAUACAAAAUUUGGGCCUCGGAAAACUUCCAAGAACGUCUACUUAACUAUAGCUCCUGAAGCAUGGAGGCAGUUACAAGUCCAGUACAAUAUUCCAUCUACUAAGGAACCAUUGUUACGUAGCCUAUUCGAAUGGAGAGAUUUGGUAGCUCGUAAUGAGGACGAAUCACCUAGGUAUAUUAUGCCAAAUCAAUUGCUCGUUUCUCUAGUGGCUCUGGCGCCAACAGAUAUCACUGGUGUGCUAACUGCCAGCAACUACAUAACUGACCAUGUGAGAGCAAACGCUAAAGAACUCUCUAAUUUAAUAAAGGAAACUUUAGACAGAAUAAAAAGUGCAUUAAAUGAUGGCGAUCAGAAUAUAGAGAAUUCGAUCCCUUCAAUAUCAUCGAAUUUAUCAUUGUCACAAAUCCAAAAAUUAGAUCAUCACUUUCAAACAUUGUUAACCGAAGUUCAAAGAGAUGAUGCCAAUACCGUUACGGUUAACAACGAGUCAUUAUUAUUUAAAGUCUCUUCAUUUGGAAACCAGAAAGUUGUUCGCUACAAUAACGGUAAUAAAAUAGAAAUUGAUAGUAAUGAACUUGGAAAUCGGAAAUAUGAUAUUUCAGAGAAACUUUCUCUAGCAGAAUUCACGAAAAAUUCGAUUCACAAGGUUGCAGAUGAGGAUGCACAUUUGGCUUCAGAUUCGACGCCUUUACCUAUUCUAAACUGCAGCAGUUCGGUUUCGAAGUCUGAAAUACCUGAAACCUCGGAUACUAAAGAGGACAGAAAUGAGAUUAUUGUUUUGAGGAAGAGGAAGAUACCCAAGAAAGAGAACAAAUCUAAUAAACCAGCCCCUAGUGCUGUUGUAGAAGAAACUGAUUAUACUAAAGCAAAAAAAAUUCUAACCGAUGUGGAUUCUCGUGAGGUGCAGAACAAGGCUUAUAAGAAAAGAAGCUUUGACCCUUAUAGCCAAGGUAUGACCAUGCCUGCUGCCGUGAAGAAAAAGAAGGGAUCCGAGGGGAAGAGCUUUUCCUUUAAGAAGUAA